CUCCAUUUACCGUGAGCAACGUCACGGGUGAUCCAGCCGAUGCCUUCAAUAUCAUUUAAGUGAUUCGAUGUUUUCCGUCUUUAGGCCAAAUUUUAUGGCUGGAGGAGAAGUUGGUCUGUUUUCGUUGACUGUUGGCCCUAAUUCUACUUUGGUUUUACCUUUCUCAUUUGAGCAUUUGUCCUGAGGUGUCCACUUUAGUUUCUGUUCCAUUUUGUUGAACAUGGCUUGCACUGACAUUAAAGUAAAAGAACUAGACAAGCGUUCUUCAGGCCAGGCUUUUGAGAUCAUUCUGAGCCCCACAGCUGAAACAAUUCCAGAAUUUCCUCUUUCUCCCAAGAAAGAUCGGUCACUUGAAGAUCUUCAAAAAAAAAUGGAAGCAGCAGAGAACAGACGAAAGUCACAUGAAGCAGAAGUUCUGAAACAGUUGGCUGAGAAACAAGAGCAUGUAAAGGAAGUGCUUCAGAGAGCUAUUGAAGAAAAUACCAAAUUCAGCAAAAUGGCAGAAGAAAGACUGAUCUCCAAGAUGGAACUUAUUAAGGAGAACCGUGAGGCCCAAUUAGCUGCUAAGCUCGAGCGUCUACGUGAAAAGGACAAACACCUGGAGGAAGUGAGAAAGAAUAGAGAAAGCAAAGAAAGUGAAGAAGUUAUUUAAUCUUUUUUGAAAGUGAGGGUUUUCAAAAGUACUGGUUUUAAAGAAAAUUAAACUCAAUGUGUUGAACAAAAUUCUCUUAGAAUGCUUUAAGCACCUGUAACCAGAAAUUACACAUUUUGAAUUGAGUAAUUGGGAUGGGGAGGGUGAGGGAAGGGUGAAGAAAGGAAAAAUUGUAGUAUUAAGUUCUACCUUUGCUAGUCAUUUCAAAUAUUACAGCUGUUUGUAUUUUUUUGUAUUGCUGGUAUGAAAUGGAGUCUAAAACGGAAAGAAAUUUGGCAGUUUUCACCUUGUUGCUCCAGUAAUAGCUGUAUGUAUUAGAAGUUCAAAUUUUAGUCCCACUGUGUAAGUUGUCCA